CGUGUGAACAAAAGUAGGGUUGUGCUCCGUCAGUUCUCCCACUCAAGCAUCAAAGGCUUGUAAUUUGCAAAAGUCAAUGCAGCAGUUUAUGCCUUUGUUCCUUUUCAAGCCUUUGACUAGUGGUAGGUUAAGAACAGAAGUGGUUUGUUCAGCUGAAACUUCAUGAAGAAAUUUCCCUCAGCCAUUUUCACAUCCCAAGGUCAAAAUUCUUGCGUAAUGCAUUGCAUUGCUUGUCAUGCGCAUUGUUCUUUUGCACUUGCUUAUCGAAAGGCGCAGCCAUUGGCUGUCGCCCACCCCCUGUUGCAAUUGCAGGACGGUGAUACAUUCAAGCAGAUUGGCAAUGCUUUCCAAGUCAAGGGAGAGUUGGCGAACGUGGAUGACCUUAAGAAAGCCAUUGACCCUUCCUUGCCACCCAUCCAAACGUCCAAGAUUGACGUAUACAGCCUCAAGGAUGGAAGUUGGAUUAGAGAAGAAAAGAUGUCGGCAAGCCUUCGCGACACGGAUGAGACAGAUUGCUAUGGCUUCACAUUGCCAUCAGCGUGAGUGCUUUUCUCAGCAGCGUUACGCCUAGCGUUCCACUUGUCUUGCCCUUCUGUGGCUGAGGUGAAACCAAUUGAGAGCAAGGGUUCCCAAUAGUUUCACCGAAUUCCAUCUUUGGAGUAAAUGUAGAGUGGAUGUCGCUGUGGCAUGACCGUGCAUCACUCACAAGAUAUGAGACACUGCGUUGACACUCUUGUCCAGCAGGUUGUGCACACAGCGGGUGCAGAAACAGUG